AUGCCUCAAAACCUGGCUUCCGCCGUUCGGCAAUUCUUCUGCUUCCCGAAUUAUCGAUAUAACAAGAAAAAAGGCAUCGUGAAAACUUCAACUAUUUCAGACUCCAAGCAGGAAACUUUACAAUAUCCAAAGGUAGAAAGCGCGAGUGAAGUCUCCUCUUCGACUUGCACCGUCAAUUCUCCAGACGUGCACGCCUUCUAUGACAAUAUAAACAACCCUCACUCCGCUGCCGUCCAAGAUAUGAAUCGAUCGAGAUGCGACAAGCACAACAGUGUUUAUGUUUAUGAUACCGAAUAUGAUAUGAUCAAAAGAUACAGCACACCACCUGUCACCAAUCCCCAACUUUUCAUCCCCCGAACGGCCACAGUCAACGCUUCAACGUCCUGUUCUGAGAACAGGUCUGCUUCCCACUACGUCGCUGCUACUCCGCAAGCCUCUCAGAAUUCAUUUUCUUCAGUCUCCAGACUCCAAGCUCUGUCAUACGACGAUGUUGCUGCUGCCGAACCGCCACGUAUGGUAACACCAAGACCUAGGAGCAGUUAUGACCAGCCUCUCAAAACAUUUUCACCACGUCGUCGAGAUCUCCUCAGGACACCAUCAUCGUGGACACUUAGAAGUGUAAGCCAGCCUCUUUCCAGGCCAUUGCACUUGGAUCACCGUCAUAUUCCUGCCAGCACCAUAUAUGAUGAAGAAUGCUCGCGAAAUUGGAGUCAAGAACAAGAAAUAAACGAGAAGGGAUAUGUAAUUGUUAAGAGGGAAGUUCCGGCAAACAACUACGAGAAAAAUCCACGUUUUAGAGCCGGUAGCAUCAGGAGCAACUCAAUCCGCUCUACCAGAUCUCAUAGAUUUGCCCCAUCUCCAGGUGUUGCAACGCCCACCCGUAACUGUUUAACCCCCCAACCGAUAGGCAUAGGGAAAGUCAUAAGAGGCCAAACCCUCACUCUGGAUACAUUCGUACCAUACCACCCAGCUGAAGCUCGCUGGAACGAACCGAACCGAAAGCCACCAAAUAACAACAAUAACGAAAUACAACCAAAAUUUGAUUGCAAUUUAAAACCAAUAUCAAUAAACACCCGUCGAGACGAGUCAGGGACCGUGGAAUUACCUUGUCUGGCUAAGGAUAUUGCCCUAUCAACAACUGCUCCCAAACGAGACAAGCCCCACCUUCUGACCAAUGCGUAUCAAGCCAUUGACGACACCAUUCUUUCCAUACCCAUCUCCCGCUAUCGACCUACAGCCAACACUAUCUUUCUGCCAUCUGGUCCAUCUGUUCCAUCUGGUCCAUCUGGUCCAUCUGGUCCAUCUGGGCAUAAUUCACACAAGUCUGACGGGGUCAAAGCUCAAUCUAUUGGCAAUACUGUAUGGCCUGAAGCUUUUAGACAUUCGAUGUAUUCGAUUCCAAAUCCAGGCAUCCACUUUGGCACGGUGACCUCAAACACCCCGAGCUCUUACAAUUCUCCUGCCCGCCACUCCUUACGAGCUUCUUUCUAUUCUGAUUAUGAUUAUCUUACUGCCUACCAAUUUCCAGCUCUGAUCAACGGUGUCGAAGCGGGAGAUCAUUCAGAAGGUACAUCGUUCUGACCAGAAACUGCAAACGCUCUCGAUGUCGAGUCCUAGGAUACCUCAAAGAACACCCUCUGUUGCUCAAAGUAGCUCAAAGAUAGGAUCUAUUGAUCCGUCAUCGCCAGGGAGAGUCCAUUCAAGGCAAAAUGAUACAAAUGGAAAGAGUAAACAAGAGCCAUGGAUUAUUCGAGGCGCCAGCGAACCGCUGAGUGUGGAGGGUAUUGUCGAUUUGACCAACACUGUGGACACCGACGUAAUUACGCAAACAUUACCCGGUAAAUCUCCUUGUGUGCCUCCCUCUGUAAUGUGCCUGAAGUAAUUGAUUCACGCCUUGAUAUUUGAGUUGAGUAGUUUCGUUGGGCGAUAGAAAAAAUAUCUCGUUUUUGUAUGCACGCUUCGCUACAUGUUCUCACUUGCUAACAAUACUCUUUCAGCUGUCACCCACGAGCAUGUAACUCCCAAAGUGCACGAAAUACGGCACGAAGAAAUUACGCGCGAGAUCCACAAACAUGAUAUCUUUCAUCGAGUCCUUCCAGUAAUUGAAACCGAAAUCCUGCCCGCAAAACAUUAUGUCGUCUCACCAGAUGGAAUCACGCUCAAAGAAAUUCCUGCAGAUAUGGUGCCGGGUCGAACCAUAGACGCGAGUCGAAACCGGAACUGGGAGAUCAGAGAAACUGGUAUAGGAAAAUCCUACUGUUCAGAGUCUCAGUCGUCACGAACUCUUAGACAUAAGCACUCCUCAAGUAAUCUGAGCGCAGACAGUUGGAGUAGCGCUCGGUCUACCUUUGAAAGCGAUUCACUUAAAGGGCCUCUAUCUUUGGUCAAUGUUGGAGGGGAACCAAUGGACGUUACCAAAACUGGAAUUAAGAGUCUUUCAGAUCCAAUCUUGAGUAGCAAGAAAGAGUACACAGCUAAGGAGGGACACCCAGUGACAGAAUAUGUUUGGAGACACCCACCAGUCUUCGAGACGACGAAUGGACAAACUCAGCCUAUCGUGAUACGCACAUUAAUGCCUAGCGUGGGUACUGACAGUGAAAAAAACAUUCCCGGGGUUGCUCAAGGAGCAAGCGCUCAGCACUCUUCAGAGCUCGAUAGUAUAGUUGGUGAUCUUGUCCCACUAAAUGCCGGACUCGAUGGAAGGAGAGAGUGUUGGUCUCAUAUUUCACAAUGCGAUAGCAAUAGUCUUAAGGAUGUAGCUGUCGAGCAUAUAGACGAGGGAGGUCUCGUCGCUGAUGUUGAGCGAGGGAUGGAAGGUUUGGAAGUCAAAAAUUAA